CAGAGCACGUGAAGAUAUGAAUAGAAUGAUUGAUCGUGAAACAAAACAGUAAAACCACACAAUUGUGAAGUCGCAACCAUGGAUUUUUUAAAAUUGGUCCUUGUGUUCUUUCACCGGGUAUAUCCGAGUCGCACCCCAUUGCGCCUGUCUGUUGCGGGUUGGCUUCGCUUACCCAUGCAUUUGACAGGAAUUGUACAGGACAUUCAGCAAGGAUCGUUUCGCAAAACUGUUCACAAUCUUUUACGUUUCUGAUAGUGCCAUAUCAUGCUGAAAUGAUAUUUUGUAACGUAAUUAAACAAUAUUCCCAGUGAUACAACUAAAAAUGGUCGGCCUAACGACGGAUGAUAUGAUCGUCCGGACGCAACAACAGCAGCAACCGUCUCCAAACCGACAUUUAGGCGGUGGCCAGAGUGAGUUUCCUGUUUUUAUCCCGCCGAGAAAACGGCAAACAGGAAAGAAAUCUAACCUUGGCAAUCAUAUUGACCACAUCGUCAACAUACAGGGUACGCGCAAAGAAUGGGAUUUGACGCCGGAACGUGAAGACUGUAGAAGAAACAAGCGAUGGAAUAGUGAAGAAAUCAUCGAGAUAAACUCCAACAGUAAAGGACCGACAUCGAACGGUACCAACGAAGAUGAAGAUGAUUUGAACGAAUUGCAAAACUUUCAUCCACUCAAGGAUAGUUCAACCGUAACGCCGAGCAGCAUUUCCGAAAGUAGUCUCGACCGAAAGUCAAGCAAAUCGGCCGAACUGCUUACCGGAGGCAGUGGUUCGAAGCGGUCAAAGAAACGUGUCAACAUUCGCACCGAUUUGGACGAAAUCGGUCGGCGUCGUUCACCGUCCGCAAUCUGCAACUAUGAAGAUUUGGAAUCGGGUGAAACGAGUGUCCUUAAUGCGGACCUGGACCAGCAAAGUCUUGAGCGGUACAAUACGAACCGUUCGUAUGCAUCAUCCACCGACAACUAUCUUACGAUGACGGGUACGAUCAAGCGCGGACGCAAAAAGGGACAAUCGAUCGACGUGCAGCUUAACAUUUCCCGCGAAGAGCUGGAGCAGAUUAGCAAGCAGGCACUUGCCGUACAUGGCGAGUCGAACCGAAACGAUCGGAGCUGCUGUACCCUUCGGACUGGUGUGCACAUUCUACUGCUUUCGCUCAUCUGUCUGCCGUUCGUGACUUUUACGACCGGUAUCUAUUCAUUUUACAUGGGCACCGUGACUUGGUAUAACAUGUUUACAUACUUUAACGAGGAGCGAUCAUACUGCCAUAAGCUGCUAAUGUCGCCCCUACUCAUUCUGGCCUACCCGCUCGGCAUUGUACUGUGCACGGUUGGGCUUGCACUGUACGCCGGCAUCCGACAGAUCAGUUUCCAUUUUAGAACAUGGCUCAACGAAAUAGCGGACAUCGAGAAGGGAUUUUACGGUUGGCUGUGCUCCGUUCUACACCUUUCCGACUGCAGUCCGUACGAGGUAGUCAUACUGACUGAGAUCUGUCCCACAAAUUCUCAACUAAACGGAAACACGACCGGAGUGGACGGAUUGCCAGCUGGCGUAAGGGUACAUCCCAGCGAUGGACGAUUGCAGGGUGAAUCAACACAAAUUAAUUCUUCCACCGAAGAGCUUUCAGUUUGAAGGAAAUCGUAACUGUGAAGCGAUUUUUUUAGUUAUAAUGCCCUUUUUUCUACGAUAUUGAAAUUACACUAAUUCGCUUAGUGUUUAUUCAACUAAAUUAGUGCAAAACGUUUCAAAAUGUUGAAUUUAUAAUAACAACUAAACACAUCAUUAGUAUCGUGGUAAGACGCUUGCGUAAGAUAGCAUAGUAUUUCCAGGACGGGUGUUGAUUAGACACGAUCUACACUAACUAUUUUACUUCAUUUUUCUAGUCAUUCCCGCAAUGCAGUUUGUGUAUCAGCAUUGUAACGUUGUUGCGAGACAAAGUAGAAAGCAAAAUUUCCCUCACCCUUUAGUCAAAUUUGGUAGAAAGGUGCGAGGGACCAAACUCUCUACUAUAAGGGAACAAAAAAGGAAGUGAAAAAAAACCCGUCGAAACUAAAGCAUAAGUUAUACUUUUCGCCUACUGCCAUAUGUGUUCCGCUUUCCAUUUAAACUGGUAGCUUUCUUCUGGUAGCGAUAAAUUCAUUUCUUUGUGUGUAAUAUUUUCUUACACAUGUAUUUUAUCAAUCUCUAUGAUACUAUUAAACAUCUGGUUGACUUAAACGUCAGAGCGAGAAAACAAGGCGAUCGUAUGAGAAUCGUUUGUAGAAUUAAACGAUCAAUCUGAAACGAUAUUGAAGUACACAUAUUACGAGAGACUGUGUAACACACAUUGCAAUGAAGGUGCGAAACAAGCUAAAAUCAAAUCAUAUUUAAAUACUACGACAAGACUUUACACAUACCCGGACAGAACCACGGUGCUAUAAUGGCAUAUUAUCGUUGAAUGAUGAUCGACAAGAUCAUCAAGCAGCUACUAGCGCUCGUGAGCCGUUUUGGCCCAAAAAUGGGCGGCAGGCACAUUGAUCAGAAAUGCAUUAUAAUAAUGUAUAAAUAUACGAAAUGAGUGAAUUAUUGAAAAAUAAAAAUAGUGUUAUUUUUUCGUUUACUUUUUCUCACGUUGGGCUGAUUGGGUAAAGAAG